GGGGGGGGGGAACGAUGGCGCCGGGCCGGCGCUGCGCGCUGUGCCGCCAGAGCUUCUUCACCGGCCGCGGACACGUCUACAGCCGCAAGCACCGGCGGCAGCUGCAGCUGGCCCUGGCGCGGCUGCUGCCCCAGGUGGAAGCGGCGCGCAAGGCCAUCCGUGCGGCCCGCGUGGAGCGCCCGUCGGGCGAGGAGCGGGAGCGGCGCUGCUGGUGCCCGUGCUGCGCCUGCGAGGUGCCUCGCCACGUCGCCCACGGGGCCCUGGCCGUGCCGCACGCCGGACUCCUCCAGCACCUGGCCAGCCCCGAGCACAAGAAAGCCACCAACAAGUUCUGGUGGGAGAACAAGGCGGAAGCCCAGCUGAAGGAGAAAUUCAUCGUCUCCCCGCAGGACUACGCGCGGUUCAAGAAGUCCAUGAUCAAGGCCCUGGACUCCUAUGAGGAGAAGGAGGAUGAAGUGAUCAAGGAGAUGGCAGCCCAGAUCCGGCAAGUGGAGCAGAGCCGUCAGGAGGUGGUCCGGUCCGUGUUAGAGCCUCAGGGGGCCCUGGACCCGGGAGAGGGCUGCUCCGCCCUCUGCGACUGGCCUGGGCCGGACAGGGAAGGGGCUCAGACGUCUAAUGCACAGCAACCCCCGGCCCUGCUGAGCCCCCCGGAGCUCGACUGGAUGGAAGCGGCGCAGCCCCUGACCUUUAUCGGCCACCAGGAUGUUCCAGGGAGGGGCAACGUUCACACAGGGGCCACGCCGCCCUGGCUGCAGGCCGAGGACUCUGCCCCGGCACCUUCACGGGAAAUUGGACCGUCCUACGAGGAGUUUCUCAGGGAGAAAGAGAAGCGGAAAGUGAGGCAGCUUCCCCCGGGGCGGGUGGGGGCCAACUUUGACCACAGCUCCAGCACGGACGCGGGCUGGCUGCCCUCCUUCGGCCGGGUGUGGAACAAUGGGCGGCGGUGGCAAUCGCGCCAUCAGUUCAGAGCGGAAAGCGGGGCCCGAGGCGCCCGAGCCCACAGAGUCAAGAACUGAAGCCCGAAGCCAGUCAGCCAAGAUUGCUCCCUCUCUCUGUUAUAGCUGUAAAUAAAAGCAUCACCUCCGUU